UUUAGCAUCGGCCAACGCAGAACAGUCCAGACCGCCAAGUUCUCUCCUGCGAGUGGUCGCAUUCAAACCCCCCGCUCUCUCACCUGUGAGGUCAAGCUGGUUAGUCCGCCUAGGACAAGUUCAACAAAAAUUCUAAAGGAGGAAGAGAGAGAUAUACAAAUCAUGGAUGAGAACACGGCAGUGCAAUACUUGGACUCCUUGAUCGGUCGAACCCUCCGGGUGCACGCGACAGACACGCGCAUUUUCGUGGGCACCUUCAAGUGUACCGAUGCGGCACGAAAUAUCAUCCUGGCCAAUACUCACGAGUACCGGUAUCCCUCUCCCUCCGCCGUUCGAGACGCGGCCACGAAUGCGAAUGAGCUAGCCGCAGAAAGCGCGGGGACCGCGCAGAAUAAUAUCAAAGUGUCCAUGACUAGUCGGUUUAUCGGGCUGGUGGUCGUCCCCGGUCAACAUAUUACUAAAAUUGAGUUGGAAGAGACCCCGCAACUGGGUCGUAUGCGGGAGACACUUCGAUCAUAAUGAGGUUGUGAUCUCCUAUUGAAAGACGGACUACUGGAAGCUGGACUACCCGGCGGCACGAGAUGCUCCAAGCUACGAACACAAACACU